AUGGCUACCAUUGUGGAAACUUCCAGAGCGGAGACUCCCGUUCUGACUUACAAUCAAGUUCCAGAAACACAAUUCGAGCUCCUAUGGGCAGAUCUCGCCACCCUCGACCUCUCCCUCUUCGACACACCAGGUGGAAAAGAGAAGCUUGCAAAGCAGCUCCUCCAAGCUAUCGACAAGAUCGGUAAUCUAACCAACCACCAUAUCACAUUUCCACUGACCCAGCCAGGAUUCUUCUACAUCACCAACUUUGGCCUUAGUCAAGAAGCAGUCGACCGCCAAUUCGCCAUCGGGAAAGAGCUCUUCAACCUCCCCACCUCAGAAAAGCUCAAAUACCGCGCCGACCUUGAGAAUGGCGGGUACAACGGCUACAAGCCCCUUGGACUGCGCGAAGUACGUCCCGGCAUCCAAGACAACACCGAAAUCUACAAUAUCCCCAAGUUCAUCCCGGAGCUGGAGCGCUCGCACCCAGCCAUCAUCAAUGCGCACCGCGAGGAGAUUGAGCAGUUCGCACGCCACAUCAACGACGAUGUUGUGGGGAAGUUACUGGUUUUGCUCGCCAUCAUUUUAGAGUUGCCUGAGAAUUUCUUUCUGGAAAAGCACCGGUAUGACCAGAAGAGUGACUGUCAUUUGAGAUACAUGAAGUACCACAAGCGGACUGCGCAGCAGAACGAGACACUUGGAAAUGUUUGGGUGAAGGGACAUACGGAUUUUGGGUCGUUGACGCUGCUGUUCCGUCAGCCUGUGGCUGCGUUGCAGGUUCGCACUCCAGAAGGCCAAUGGCGAUACGUCAAGCCUUACCCAGGAAGCAUAACAGUCAACCUUGCCGACUCUCUCGAAUUUCUUACUAACGGGUUCUUAAAGAGUAGUAUACACCGCGUAGUCGCUCCACCACAGGACCAAGCCGAAAUUGAUCGCCUUGGUGUGUUGUAUUUCGUGCGUCCAGAAGAUAGCAUUGUGUUGAACCCGAUUCAAAGUCCGGUUUUGGAGAAACUAGGAUAUACGAAGAGCAAGGACGAAAGCGCUGUCGGAGUCACAGCCGGAGAAUGGGUAAAAGCGAGGGUUGCGAAAGGUGUUGCAAAGGGACGCGUAAGGAGUGAGUUGAACGAGGAGACUAUUGUUGGGGGCAAGAGCGCUAAAUACUAUGACUGA